UCAAGUGCCGGAGGGAGCAGAGAAACCAGCAGCAGCGUUAGAAGAGAGAAGAAGCAGAAGAAGAAUUCAAACAUCUUGGAUAUUUUGGAGUAUGUGGACCUGAAGCUGCCCAUAAACACACAUUCAUAGAUAGACACACACACACACACACACACACACACAAACAUACACUCCCACUCCUGACUCAUGCUGCUGGGUGGACCGCUCACAUCAACACUUCCAACUGUGUACAUAUGAAACGACCUGGACGAGCAGACAUGCAGUUCUACUAUGUGGGCAACCACACCUGGACCACCAUGUUGGGGCAGAGCGUCCGGUUGCAGCCGGUUCCCAUCCAGAGCCUGUCGGAGCUGGAGCGAGCCCGGCUACAGGAAGUGGCCUUGUACCACCUGGAGGAGAGAGACCUGGACUUCAAGAUCAGCAUCCCCAGAGAAAUACGUAAACGGAGAAAAUCUCUGCGCAGGAAGUUUGACUCAUUCUCCAAGGAGAAGAAAGAGCGAGAAUCUGCUCCGAAGGCGUUUGGCAUCCCGCUGUCCCAGGUCAUCGCCAACGAUCGGGCCUACAAGCGCCGGCAGGACGCCCUGAAGGAGAGCCGGCGGGACUGUCUGGAGCUGGAGGCCAGCAUCCUGCGCUUCAGGGCCGAGAAGAGGCAGUUCUUCAACGGGAGCAAACCUCUGGGCAGCUCCUCGUCCAUCACUGGAGGAGGCCCCGGCUCGCCGUCCGCCAACUCGGUGGCACCGGCGCCAGUUUUUGACGCCCAGAACAAACCGAUGUCGCCCACAUUCUUGGAUAACACAGGCAGAGGACAGAGGAGGGGAGGUCUGUCGGUGGACUCCAUCUCUGACCUCGUGGAGAGUCAGUCUCGCCUGCUGGAGGCGCUGCAGCUCUCCCACCCGGCUGAGCUGGAGCUGAAGAAGUCUCCUGGCGGCGGAUCCUCAGAGGGCAGAACCCAGACCAAGCUGAGCCUGAACCCCAUCUACCGACAGGUUCCCCGGGUGCUGGAGAGAUGCUGCAGCCACAUCGAGACCUACGGUCUUCAGACUGUCGGCAUCUUCAGGGUCGGGAGCUCUAAGAAGAGAGUCAGACAGCUGCGGGACGACUUUGACAUGGGCGUGGAUGUCCAGCUGGACGAGGAGCACAGCGUCCACGACGUGGCAGCACUGCUCAAAGAGUUUCUGAGGGACAUGCCUGAUCCUCUGCUGCCCAGAGAGCUCUACCCGGCCUUCCUGCACGCCAACCUGCUGCGAGGAGCCGACCAGCUUCAGUACCUGCAGCACCUCCUCUACCUGCUGCCUCCCUGUAACUGCGACACGCUGCUCCGACUCCUCACCUUGUUGCACACCGUCCAGGGCUUUGCUCAGGACUCCAUCGGGACCAACGACGAGGAGGUAGGACGCCGGAGUGAAGCUAAAACUGCACUGAUUUCACACAGGAAGCACAGACAGCUGCAUGUCCUCAAACUGAACCAGAACAGGAAACGGCAGGAGACCAGAUACGGUGAGGCGCCUCCAGGUAAAUCCAUCCGCCACAUGCGUCAGUUCCACUCCCACCACAACUUGCUGAGCCUGGCCCAGCCCUCCUCCUCCUCCUCCUCCCCAUCCUCCAGCUCCAGGCUCCAGGCUCCGGAGCAGGACCAGGACCGGCGGGGCCCGCUGGGCUCGGCACUCAGCUUCAGCCUGGGCGGCACCGGAGGAAGCUGCUCCAGUCUGAGCGGCUCCAGCGACGGCAGCAUCUGGGUCCGACAGACGCCGCAGGACGACAGUAAGGCGUCGCCAGCCGCCAACUUCUGGGACUUCUUCACCGGGAAAGGCUCGGGCUCAGAGACGAUGGUAUGAUGAAGGGCAGGAGGAGGAGGAGGAGGAUGGGAGGAGCUGCGUUCAUGGGGCAGAAAACCUCCAAAACAGAAACAUUUCCUGGCAUUUAAAGGAUCAAAUCGCACUAAACAUCAACACCACACACCUCCUCCCUUUAACUUUCUCACUAACAGUGAGGUUUUCCCAGUCGGAAGUUGGAAUUUCCCACAUUUUUUGCACCUCUUGAACGCAGCACGUGAACUUGCGAGGCAGAAAACCUGAAGAAGGAAACAUCAGACAGUCAGACUUUCCUUAAAAGCCAGUUUGGGUUUGAAACUCUCAACAAAUGAAAUGAGAUUAUGAGGAAGCAGAUGCAGUAAUAAUGGAUGUACAUAAUGUACAAAUACCAGCAUGGACUAAGACCCUGAACACACCGAUACAGUACAACGCUUCUGGUUGCUCUUUGUGUUUCCUGUAACAUGCAAAGUGCUGCAAAUGUGAAUCAUGAGAUUAAAAAUAAACCUCAAAACCAAAGUAAACUACAAUUAGAGUCAGCAAUAAGAGACAAAGAGAAGAUUUGGACGAAAUUUGGUUGAAAGUUACAGCAGCAAAUACUUUAAUAUGUAAUUAGGGACAGGUUUCACGUUGACAUUUGACCGUUUCAACCCAUUUUUCACAAAUAUUUCUACAUAAAUCGUAAUGAGAAGUCCGUCUUCUCCUCUGUUGGGGCAUUUUGAUUGAAAAAGAGUCCAAAAAGCAGCUGAACUACCUACUUGAUGCUUCGGUUUACGGUUAAAAUGUUGUCAGAUACUACAAAAAUAACUCAAGUUGUAGUUUCCAAUAGCAAACAAAAGAUGGCCGAUUGCUUUGCUGUAUUAAUUUUUUCCUGCUUUACGUCCAGAGAUUAAAGGGUCAUUCCAGAAUUGGAGGACAUUUGGGCUGCAAAAUUUAAAAAGAAAUAAACCGUUUCUUUUACAGUUUUGUGCUCCAUAUUCAUCAAUAAUAGGUAAUAAACUAUCAAAGGCUUGAUUGGCUCAGCUUAUACAUCAAUGGUAGCAUUUUUAUUCCAUGUUUUAUUUGUUGUUUGCUAACCCUACUCUAAUCACAGGAACCAUGCUAAUGUUAGCUUUUCAUCAGCAGUAGAAGCUAGAUAUUUAGCUAGCUGUUACUGCUGACCAAGAGGACAGACUGAUAAUUAUUAUAUAAAAUAUUCUGUUGAUUUUUUUUAAAAAAAUUCCCACAAUUACCAGUCAAUGAAAAAAAAUAAUACCAAGAAAGGAGAUUUAAAUUUUAUUUGAGCUGUUUUGUUUGAGAUUUAAUUUGGCAUUAUAGGGGGAACUCCAGACUCAAACAUUCUUUUCUCCUAUUUUUUUUUUAUUUUUUUUUUUAGAUAAGUAAAUUUACUCAACAGCUGCAUGUUUUAGUAUUGUGUACAUGGAUUAUUUGAAAUUUGAUGGGUGGGUUGUAAAAUGGCCUCCAAUUCUGGAGUGACUCUAAAACAGAGCUGAGGCUCGUUGAUAAGUGGUCAGAACUGAACUACAGAUACGCAGCAUUGGCUUCAUAGAAAUCUAUAAUCAAAACUUUUGACUAGUUGCAGUAUAAUUAGUCCAAAUUCCAUGUCGACUUGCUUCCUGUAGAUACCAGCUGUCUGUUUUAAAGCGUCUUGCAGCAUCUUUCCAGUCAGAACACCAGAUGUUAUCAGCUCUUCUCACCACUAGAUGGCGCCGUUUGCUGCUGCUCUGCUACCAUCAAGUGUUCCCACUUUUAGCUUUUAGUGCCAAACAACUAGCAGCUGUUUGUGUCUUUGUGGUAGAUUCCUGUUGUUGUACAGAGACUUUUCUACCUGCUAAAUCUUUCAGAAGUUGCACAGAGUUCAUCCUGCACCUGGAUUCUUCUUCUGGACUCCUUGUAGAGGAUUUUUCCCCCCUUUUUUUAAAAACCUCGUUGUUUGACGAUGUACCUGCAGAGAAUUAAAUGUCAGACUGCC